AUGACUACCGCCAGAAGGCCGCUAUGUACUAGAACUACAGAGAUGAGGGAUCAGUGGGUGAGCUGGGACACAUGGGGGCUUACGGCAUUUUGGUAAUUAAGUUUUUUUUCAAGCGGUAUUUUUGUAAUUUUUAUUUUAAUGUGGGGUAUUGCCGUAUCAUCUAGCCCUUCGGUAUGCGGUUUUUCAUCAUUUUAGCCAACGCAGUUGGUACGGUUUUGCGGUAACGGUUCAUUUGCGCCCGCCUGCAUGCUUUAGAUAAACAAACACGAGAGAUGGAUACAACUUGAAAUAAGCGUGACAGAUCAUAAUUGCGAUAUCGGUAUUUCGUCGAUGUUCGACACCGUGAUUUCGGUAUUGCUAUUUUUUCUUACGGUAUUGCGGUAUUGCGCCCCCCUCCUUCCCCCACCUUAAUGUCCCUCUCCUUCCAACACCUGUGUUUAUAGGAAGCGAAGAAGUUUGCAGUGCCAUUAAUCUUUUAUUUUUAUGCAAAAGCUAGACUGCAAGAUUGAAGUGGCUUCUCUUAAAAUCUUAGAAGGCGUUUUAGCCAUGACUCCGCUGGUGAGAGAAGGCAGCAGAUAUCUCUUUUGCAAUGAUUUGUGACAAGUCAAAUGUCUUGUGCCAGUUAAUUCCGCGAAAAAAACUUUUUCUGCAUUUUUGUUAUAAUUAUUAUCAGUAAAAAAGCUACUCCUAUCCAGUCUAAUCAUUGAACUGAAAACAUCCCUCCGUCGAAUGUACUUUCUCCACACACAUUUCAACCAAACUAGUUGUCUUACUUUGCCGGAAUUAAAUCGAGGCCCCUUAAGCCCUUAAAUCUAAAUUGCUCAAACAGACCAAAAAAUCCAUCGACACUGCUAAAAAGAGAACUUAAUUUUCAGCUUUCGAGAGAUAUUUUUGAGAAACAAGCAAAUAUAUAGCUCAGUAAAUACGCUACUGAAUUUCACAGGGGUGUUCCACACGAGGUGGUCCGGAGCAGGAGCCUAUCCGUGUCUGCUGGAGGACAUUACGAUAGACGAAAGUUACGUUUGCCCACAUGUACACUGAUUUUGUGUCUUCGCCGAACCAUAUCUUUGUUAAUUGUCACUCUCAAAGUUAGCGAACUUUAUUGAUUUUCCAGCGGUUUCGGUUAAUUUUCGCAUACUGGUUUAUUUCUAAAGUUGACAAAACCGUGUAAGGGUGGACGGAUGGAUACGAUUUUCGUGUGCCUUGAGGUGGUGUAUGAAAGUGUUUAAUGGCGAUUAAACACAAACAUUUUUAUUAUAAAAGUAUAAAUGCCAUAGAUCAAGGUAUUUUAAGCUACAUCGAAAACUUAAGUUGUCAACGGAAACCUUUCAUGAUCUGAAAUAAUGCUUGGAUACUGAGUGAUCGUUCUCCACUGAAUUUUUUCGCAUCCUAAGUCCAAGAUUAAGCAGCAUUUGAUUUAAUGCUUUGUUUUUGUCUGUGAGGUGCCGGAUUAAUGUCGGAGGUUGUGUCAUUCUCGAUGUGGAACUGCUGUGGAAACCGCUUCAAUUCCUCGUUUGUUUUCUUUCACUUAUUUCCCAAAAGAGAAGUCCACUUAUAUUAAAACUGAAGUUUAAGGACACUAAAGUUAAAUUGUUUUUAUAGCUCAGUGAUGAGUCGUUCAGGUUUGCAUUUGUAAAUGUUCUAAUAGUUUUGUACAUUUGAACCAAUAAGAAACCUUCCAUGAUCUGAUGAAGUCACUCAGUUCCAAGGCAGGUCACGCUCAGGUGACUUGUAAAUUGUAUCUGUUUGUGGACUUAGGGCCUGUUUACAUGGAGGUGGGGAACCCCAGGUAGAUGAGGUAACCCGCCUGUCCACAUAAUCUCUCAUAUUAAUUUGAUCACGUUGACAUGAUAGGUGGGGUCCCCAACCUCCAUGUAAACAGGCCCUUAAGCAGCUGACUUUUAAGUUAACUUCUAUUCUCUUCAGCCCUUCAGUGAACAGUAUUUUACAAUGUCAAACUACAUAUUUACUCCAAAAAGAACCCCUUGUUGGUUCUCAGAAUCGUAGAAGUCUGAAUCAUGAAUGUCAGGCAACUAAUAUAUAUUAUAUCGCCAUGCAUGCCGUGUAUAUGUACGGUGUCGACUGACUCAAGACUGUCUUAUCUUUUCUUUCAUCAAAGUGUUCACUCUUUUAUAAUACGCACUCGGGUAGAGCGCUUUCGACUCUAAGCGGAUAAGCGAAUAUUCUGACGCUCAUGAACAGUCGGGAGGCUUUGAGUUCUUAAGUGGGCUGAAAUGGCGAGGGACUCGCGCAUUUGUGACAAUGAUACUUAAGUGAGAAAGUUUUUUAUUUUCACGCAAUCCUACGUUUUGGAGCUGCGAGGAUUGAAAAUUUAUCUUUCCUGUUAUAGGGUAUUGUUUGUCAGCUAUUGUUUCUUCGUGUGGAUACUGUUCAGUCUUUUGUAUAACUUCAUUAGGGUGAUUCCCCUCAUCUUCAAGUCCAUGAUUGUUGUGACUACGUUAUCGUGAUUUUUCGCAGUCAUAACAAUCUCUCAGCCAAUCAAAAGGUAAGCAGUUUCUGUAGCCGGGAUAAAAUGAAACGACCUGGGGACCAACAAUCAAGGACACUCAAACUGGGUUACACUGUUCUGUCUUUCUCUCUUCCAAUGUUGUUUUCUAAUGGUUUUACGAUGGAAUUGUCCAAGUUCGAGGUCAACAUUGAAAGGAACGGGGAAAAGGAGGUCCAGCGCAACAUGUCAACGUCAUUCCUUCACUGAACUGAACUGACCCAAGUUCUAAUGUCACCGGGAUUGUAGCUAUCUUCGUUAUCAUAAAAAGAAGUAGAACACUUAUAAAACUAGAACUUGGAACAAUCUAUGUGGAGCUGGAAGAGCUGUGAAAGCCGGAACGAUUUCCACUCGAUAGGUGAAAACACUGCGAGUUCCUUCUGAUACAGAACCUGUUCAGGCCUGCAAUCACGUCUGUUUUCAAGGCCGGGCAAUUCAUGAAAAGACUUAACAGAUAAAAUCGAUAUCAAACAUGAGUAAAACAUAAAGAAGGUCAACCUAUUUGCAAAUAGGCAGCUGGCUAUGGACAAUAAUAAUAUCAGAAUGUAUAUUAUACUGUGACAUUCUAAUUUUCUUUUACUGACUCUCCCCCAUCUUUCCUAUCUUCUGAUUCAAGAUAUCCUCGUCGACUAAUGGAGCUGUCUGUGGAGGUUCACCGCAUGCGGUAUGACGCUUAUGAGAUGCGACCACAUCGUCAGCUGGACAGAGGAGUGACACUGGCGAUCAACGAGAGGACCAGACCCCCUGACUGUCAGGAUGGAACACUAACUAGGUACUCUGUCGAGGAGACAAACCCAUGGCAUGGGCAGGCCCAAGAAGACGAACGCAUGGGUACAUUUUCUCUCCCAAGACAAAUAACAGUAAGCAGGUUAGUAUACUUACGGCGCAAACAGCGUCUGAACAAUCUGAUUCUGUUACUCCAAAUAAGCAGUGGUAUAUGGCAAGGUGCACUCCUACAAACUAGGUACCAUGUAUAAUCUAAUAAAGUGAACUACAGAGAGGGGAGGGUCGGUCCGUUUAUCGAUAGUCACGUCAUGAUUAACGGGCCCGGAAAGUUGUUGUUGUUUACAUUUAAGAAAGAGACUGGUUUCCUUUGAUAGCCAGGAACCACGCUCUUGUUCUUUAGAUUUUCAUUUGAGUAUAUGAAUUUUAACCUCGUCCCAGGGCUUUCACCCCCUCAAAGGGAAAAGCCCUUAGGAGGAUUGGGGACGAGGUUGUUUGAAUUCGGGGCUUUUGAGAAACGAGCCCCAGGUCGCUCGAGGCCUCUCAUAGCCACACCGUACGCGACUGAAAAUAAGGCUAUACGUACGUUGUUCAGUGAAAACAAUGUGGUGGAAUUGUUUUACUGACUUAUCGGCCACCAAAUGGGGGUGAUCCAAAUCGCUGAAUGGUCAGAUUACGGUUCAGCCUACCUACUGAAAAAAUUUUGUUUUUCUCAAACUGAGUUGCUUCUAUAACUUCGAUGAUCCACUCAGUUACUUCUAGUUAUCCUUCGAGUUGUAUUAUAGAUGUUUUUUAUAUAUUCAUUAUUUUAUCUUCAUCUUCCAUGGGUUUACAACAAACCACUGAACCAAAUCAGACCAGCCCCCUUGGUUAAUUUGUAAGCUCAAUUCAGGGUUAGACUGCGCGCGCUGCACCGGUCAUGGUAUUGCAGAGGUCCAAGGUUUCGAGGUCUUACUAGCCUAAAUUUUACGACUGCGUUAAAGGUUCCUUCUUGCUGCUAUGAUGUUCUGCAUUUAAUUUUUUAUUGACUUUAUCCUGCAGUUCUAUAUGUUCAUAUAUACAUUGUUUGUUAAUCACCGUUUCAAAUCCUUUUUGACAGAUUAAAAAGACGGUCAGUCUGACCAAUUUUAACAGUUUUCAAAAAAUAACUGACGUAAUGAUAAGGCUGUUUUUAUUUCCAUAGGUCAAGUCCCCCAGAGCCGAUGUCGUCUUUAGGUCAGAACUGUGGUGGAGAGUAUAUUUGGAAGAUAGUCGGUUUCUCUCAUCACAUUCAGGAUGCUAGAAAUGGAAAAAUAACAUCACUCGAGAGCCCUCCGAUUUACACAAGCCAACAAGAAUACAAGUUCUCCAUGCAUUUGUUCCUGAAAGGUGUUAAUGGUGGAGACGGACGCCACAUUGGCCUUUUUGUUGGCAUGAUGCAGGGAGAAUACGAUACUAUUCUGGAAUGGCCCUUCUCUGGACGAAUCGUUCUCACCAUCAAGGAUCAAAGUACUGAUGUUAAUGGCUUCCGCCAUGAUAUCAGUGACACUUUCGUGGCGAAUAGAAAUCUGGGUGCUUUUCAGGAACCCACUGCUGCCGGGCGAUACAGCACCCUGUAUGGCUACGCAGAGUUUGCGCCCACAGCCCUGGUUUGCUCCCCACAGUACUUAAAAUAUGAUACAGUGAUGGUUAAGAUCGAGAUUCAUAAAAACAUCUAA